AUGGUGGUCUGUGACGUCAACGUCUCCGAGGAAGUUGAUACUCAUCAACUCGAAUUAUCACACGACCAAGAAUACACACGUUUCGCCUUAUCUCGAGUCCUCUAUCACCUUGCAGGCUAUGUCGUCCAGUUCAUCUGGGUUUCAAUGACUGAGGAAGAUGCCGUAAUCACCAUCUGCUGGGAUGUUAUGGAUUGGACCAGGGUCGGCAAAGAUGGUAAAGAAAGUCAUGAAUAUGAUAGAGAAUACUUCUAUCCCGGUACGACUAUCGAAGACUUCGAGCAGGUUCAUGGAAAUGAUAAGAAAAGAGUGAUAGGCGGUAUCAGAGGUGAUAAAGAUCCCAGACAAGCUGCCGAACCCGAACCCGAGGCGAAUGAAGAAGACAAAGUUCCGACUAAGGAGGUGGAGAUGAACGAGAAUCGAGCAAGAGUCUGA